ACUCUUUGUAGUCCAGCAUAAAGGUUGUAGAACAAACAAACAAAUGGUGGAGCGUUGCAAAAGACCAUUAUGAAAGAGUUGACUGGAGUCCGUAAAUCAGCUCUAGAAAGUAAACAUUAAGGGGCAAUGACUUCUGCUUCUCAACCAUUCAUUAGAAAUUGGGCUUGAGCUCUAGUUGAGUCGGUUAUCCACAGAUAGAAACAUAGUUGGGCCCAUGGAAGGGCAGGGAAGCAAAAGUAAAGCGUUUAUUCAGAAACGGCUGACGGUCGAUCGGCCACAGCAUGAACUGUAAAAUGUUAACUGGAUUUCCUGGAACAACCAGCUACCCAGAAUGCUUUCUAAAGUUUCCAGAUGUUUGUCGGCUCUACAAACUCACACACGGGAUUGCAAUGCCGCUAGACUUGCAGCUUCAUAGAGUGAAAAAACUUCUUACACUCCUGGGCAACCCGCAGUACAAACCCCAGUUCAUACAUAUUGCUGGGACAAAUGGAAAAGGAUCUGUGUGUUCUUAUUUAUCUCACAUCUUGAGCGCCUCCGGGAUCCGAAACGGUCGAUUUAACUCUCCCCAUCUGAUAACACCCAGAGAUUCGAUACAAAUAGACAAUGUCCCGGCUUCCCUGUCGUUAUACGAGAAGUGUAAAGAGAUAAUCGCUGAUACCAAUGCCAAACACAAAGUUGGAUGCACCGAAUUUGAACUACUUACUUGUACAGCUUUCCAGAUUUUCGCCGAGGCUAAGGUCAGUAUAGCAAUACUAGAGGUCGGGGUUGGUGGAAGAUUAGAUGCAACCAAUGUUCUUGCCCCAGAUAGAACUCUAGUGGUAGGGAUUACAAAGGUGGGACUCGAUCAUCAGAAUCUCCUCGGAAAAACUUUGUCGGAAAUCGCAUUUCAAAAGGUCGGAAUAUUCAAGAAAGGUGUACCGGCAGUUGUUGACGGCUCAAAUGUCGAAUCAGUGCUUAAAGUUGCAGAAGCAGAAUCAAAAGACGUUGGCUGUCCAUUGUAUGUAGUCAAGAGAGAAGAAGAUUGCUGGGUAACACCAAAACUACUCGGUGACUAUCAGUUUGAUAAUUUGUCAGUGGCAUUGAAAAUUGCAUCUCUACUUGAUGAUGAUCGUAUCACAAGGGAUACAAUCAAGAAGGGGGUUGAAAGUACCGUAUGGGCUGGAAGGUUGCAGGAGUAUAGUUUCAACAUGCGCAGUUUGGGCUUUGAGGAGGAUAGACCACUCGACAUUCUCCUUGACGGCGCACACAACACACAGGCCUCGAUUGAACUAGGAAAAUACCUUAAGACACUUAGAAAUGACAACGAUUUCAUUUUCAUUAUUGCGAUCACUCAGGGAAAAAAUUUGUCAGCUUUGUUCAAACCAAUCAUUACCUUUAAAGAUUCGAUAAUAUUCACUCAAUUUGACGAUAAAGUUGAAGGAAUGCCUUGGAUUAAGCCAUUCGACGUGCUUGAUUUGAAGAAAGAAAUAGAAACCCAAAAGAUAGAACAUGCUGAUGUUUACACUUGUCCGCAACUCAAAGAUGCCAUCUUUCAAGCCUACAAGCUAUCACAAGUCACGAAAAAGAAAGUGGUGGUAUGUGGAAGUUUAUACUUAGUGGCAGAUGUUCUUAGGUUGCAGCUUGAUUCAUAAUAUCCAAUCUAUCUUGACAGUAAAUCUUACAUAAAAGUGUAAAUUAGGUAGUGUAAUGUAUAUAAUCUUUCUAAUCUUUCACAGGUUUA